AGGUAAAAAUUUCAAACGCUAUUCCAAUCUGACGCAGCAUCGUAAACGUCAUGGCAGAAUGACAAUGAGGAAAAAAGAAUAUGUGUGCCAUUGUGGUGAAGUGUUAGCAUCGAAAGCACGCUUCCUGUGGCACAAGGAAACACAUGAUGCCAAACCAAAAUGUUGUCCUUAUUGUUGUGAUCGCUUUGUGCAUGCAAACUCACUACGCAGGCAUAUACGUUUAGCGCAUUCCGAUAAAUUUGAUUAUGCCGAGCCAAUGGAGUGUCCCAUGUGCAAACAAAUUUUCGCUAAAUCAUCAAUUAAAGCACAUAUGGCAUCGCAUACCAUGGAUGUGCAACACAGUUGCCCAAUCUGUAAUAAAUCAUUCUCAACGAAAUGGAAUCUGAAGAUACAUUCAUGGGUGCAUGCAAAUCGUACCGCAAAGCCAUUCAAAUGCGAACACUGUCCUAAAGCAUUCGUACGGGAAGUUGAUUUUAAAAACCAUAUGAACGCACAUAAACAGAUCAAGCCAUACACUUGCGAAUACUGUGGCUGCAAAUUUAUUAGAAAGUACAAUUAUAUGCGACAUAGGCGUGAACAUCAUGGUAAUAAAAAAUUCACCUGUGAUCUUUGCAAAAAAUCUUUCCACCGGCACUAUUACCUAAUUGAGCAUCGACGUAUACACACUGGCGAACGGCCAUUUCAAUGCACGAUCUGUGGCAAAUGCUCCACAACAAAAACGAAUCAUAAUAAACACUUGAAGAUACAUCAUUCACGCGAUCCGUUCACGGUGGAAGUAUAAAUUGUCAACCAUUCUAGUGAACAUUAAAACAAAUGUUUAAUUUAAUUUAAUUUUUUUUUUCUUAUGACGUCGAAA